AUGGGGUUGUUUGGCUUGAAAGUAGGUGGUAAUCGUCAAAAUCACUUACACGAACAACAACGUGAACAACCAGAACUGGUUUCGAGCCCAGAGCACCACCAGAAUCGACAAUUGCAUCCUCAUCAGCAUCAAAAUUUACCACCACCAAACGUAAAUCAUUUGCAUAAAAGAUCUGAAACUACAAACUCAUAUACUGAGAGUGAUUUUCUGUCAACUGGAUCUUCGUCAUCGUAUACUUCAACUGAGUCAAUUGGGUAUCAUCCACAUCCACAUCAUCCUAAACCUGCUACUUCACCGAGACCAGUUAAGAAAGUCCCUCUUGCAUUGAGGCCUAAUUUGGAUAUGUUACUGGGAGUAGGACAACCUGUGGGAGAGAGAACUAGUACAGCCCAUAAUGGUGGGGGCACGGAGCAUGGAAUGCCACCUCAUCCACUUCAAUUUCAUCAUCAACAAAAAACUCCUAUUGCUUCAACACAACAAGUGAAAAGAGAAAUGGCGCAAGCUGAACAUACGAAUCCAAAGCAACAGGAAUACUUUGUCAACCCACCGAAGCAGCGUACUACACCUCGUAAGUCCGUGCCUCAAGUUCAAACACCAGAAAAACGCCCAUACGUGCAGUCUCAGUAUCCAUCAAAUACAACACCCGAAGCUAAAUCUCAUCAAGAUAUUGAUUUAAACACCACUCCUACGUUUGGAAUUUCAGCAAAUAUAAGCCAACAAUCGCUACCAAGAGCUCGGCAAGGUGCAGAUGAAAACAGAUCUAAACCAAAUACACCAAGAAGAUCUUCUGGUCAAGGUCAAGUUACACAAGCGUCACAACAAGACAAUUCACAGUAUUACAACCAAAGCUUGUAUUUUGGCCAUCAGCAACCACCUUUAGGACCAGGUGUAGCGGGUUCGACUGUGGAUAAGGUUACGGACGCUCAAGGCGAUGAUGAGAUGGUUUCGGAAGACGAAGAUUCAGAAACGACCAGCACCGACUCUUUCCAGCCAACUCAACAUCCAUAUUACGAGCAAUGGAAACAAUAUUACCAAGCUCUUGCAAUGCAACAGCAGCAAAGAAAUUCGAUGUAUUUCCAAAACGAUACACAAUUUGCAUCUCUGUAUAAUCCCAUGAUGCCAUAUGGGCAUCCUCAAAUGUCUAUGCCUUAUCAAAAUCCAGGCAUGAACUACAUGGCGCAUCCGCAGCAGCAACAACAAUUCAAUCAACAAAUGCAUUCACAAAUGUUAUCAAACCUGCAGCUGCAACAGUCUCUUGCAAAGAAACAGAGAAGAAGAAGCUCACAGAUUACCCAAACGCAAUCGUUGCAAAAUGUAAACCGUCAGCAACAGGACCCAACUAUUCCUGGUACAUUUGAAACAACUCGAUCUCUGCAUUUAGAUCAAAAACCAAAUGAUUAUUUACAGGCAUAUCAACGCACACAAUAUGCUGCCAGUGAUAAUGUGGUUGAAAACAAUGAACUUGUUAAGAACUCCCGCAAAUCAACCAUCAGGUCCAAAAGGUCAAUUUCAGAACCCCAGCAUGCACUCAAGAAACUUGCUGGUGGUCACAGAGUCACUUCAUUAGAAUCAAAUUUCAAACCACAAGCCUACAAUGUCUAUAGCGAUGACGAAGAAGAAGUUGAAGAGCCACCAGUAAGGGUUAAGGAUUUUGGUGUGCUGCAAGAAAAAGACUUUGAGAUUGAUCAAGCAAUGUCUAAUUUGGUGUUGAGUGUUGAUAAAGAUGGAUCUUCGGGAUCAAGACAAAUAUCUGACUAUACGAAAUAUCUAUUUGAUGAUGAUGAAGAGAGUGAACAAGAUGGUGAAGACGGAGAUUAUGUAGUACAGGAGGACCACAACGAUACUAUAAUCGCCGAUAAAGCACCGUCACCAGUAACCGGCGAUCACACAAGAAUAGAAUUAAACAGGAAAGAUACUACGUCAUCAGAAGAUUCAUACAAUUCAAUUCAAAAGGAAGAGAAUUUUCAAGUUGCAUCACAGCUACCAGCAACUAGUACCAAACUGUCACAGACUACCCCGCUGAAGCAAAAGAAAGGAAGGAAACCUCAAUCUCAACAAAAUGGAUCACCCUCAGCACUUUCACCACAGCAACCUGAAAUUGCACCAAUGCCACAACCUUGGCAGCUGCAAACAAGCUUCGAUGUGGGAAAAAACAUGUCAAUUCCUGAUUUAAACACGAUGCCACCGUCUAACCCAAUGAUGCCGAUGCAAAUGCCAAUGAAUAUGCCUCCACAUAUGAUGAUUCCAUACAAUAAUAUGAACGUGAUGGGAAUGGGUAUGGGUAUGGGUAUGGGUAUGAAUCCAAUGAUGUAUCAAAAUGGUGCUGGAUACCCUGCCAUGAAUCGUCAUAGUAUGAUGAUGAUGAUGCCACAAGAUUCGAGACGUCAAUCAAUGAUGAUGUAUGACAAUACACCAUAUGCCAAUAAGCGCAAUAGCAUGCCUGUUGGAUGGCAUGGUAAGCAACAUUCUCAACCCAAAUUGGAUUCUGAAACUCAAAAGCGAAUCAAGGAGUUUAAGAAAUUACGUAGUAAUAUUGCUUCAGGUAACAAAACAAUGGAGUAUCGAUUACUUUGGACGAAGAUGUUGAUUACGGCUACAAAUUUCAAAUUGUACAAUUAUAUCAAUAUCAAAGGUGAUUUUAUCCCUCCACAACAAUCACAGCCACAACAUAUUGAUAAUAAUAAAGCAGCAUUUGUUAAAGCUUCAGUGACUCAUACCGUAAAAAUUAUUAAUGAAAUCGAAUCAGGUAAUGCUGAAAUCAAAACUAGUUUAAAAUGUAAAGCAUACUUCAUCUAUGCAUGUUUAUUGAAAAAUGAUUUUGUUGAAUCAUAUGAGCAAGAUUUCGGAAUUGAGAAAAACGUCGAAGGAGCAAUAAAGUAUUUUAACAAAGUACUAGAUUUGAACCGUCGUGAUCCAAGAGUAUUAUAUAAAUUGGGUGAAGUAUAUGAAUACGAUAUGAGUGAUGAGAAUAUGAAUGCAAUGGCAACUGCAAAUGGCGGAAUUGAUGAAGUUACUAGUGCUGUUGAUAAAGCCAUUGAUUAUUAUACCAAUUCUGCUCAGUAUGGCUAUGAACGAGCCGAGGCGAAGUUGGCUAAAUUUGGUAUUACUAUAGAAUCGAUAUAG